AUGGGAGCGGUGGUAUUCGCCACGAGCGUCGGCGUCGACGUGGCGUUUGGCGAUUUCGGAAGCGACGCUCAAAGGCUCGAUUCGGAAGAUUUAGCGCCCGGUGAUCACAGAGAGAUUCCACAGUUCAUCACGCGAGUGAUAGAUGGAGAUUUGCUCACCGAGCGGUUGAUUCGUGGGAAAGAUGAGUACCCGACGACGGAACGCGAACUUCGCGAUUCGCUCGGCGACGCGCUCGCGGCGGAACAUUUGGACACCGCUCCGGCGCGCGCGGAGCUGCGCAAAGACAAAGGCAACGCCGCUUUCAAGGAUGGUAAUUAUUCUCAAGCCGUGUUGCACUACACCGAAGCCCUAGACCUCGACGCAUCGCACGUCGUGGCUCUGUGCAACCGCGCGCAGUGCUUUUUAAAGCUCGGCGAGCACGAUAAAGCCCUCGCCGACGCCGACGCCGCUCUUUCGGUGAAACCCGACUACGUCAAGGCCCACUUCCGCCGCGGUCUCGCGUUGCACGCCUUAAAACGAUUCACCGACGCCGUCCUCGCGUUCGAGCGCACGCUCAGCGUAGAUCCCAAAAACAUCCAAGCCAAGGACGCGCUCCGCGUCGCCGAAUACGCCGUCGACAAGGCGCGUCGCGCGUCUCGCUCCUGA